AUGGCGACUCAAAAUAGCUUGCUGAACGCCAUGAGCAACCGUUCGCUCCGCACUAUCCGAUCGGAACUCGAAUUUCUCGCAGAUGCUUCGGUCAUCACACCUCAGCAACUCUCGUCGAUUCUGGCUCAGUUGCCUAAACAGGGUCCCUCUCAAACAGCCUCCCCAGUACCUCAACCACAACAGCAUCAGCCGGUUGUCGCCCAGUCUCAACCUCCUCCAGCGCCGUAUACUCCUCCAACAUCCCAAUUUGCCAACAGUUCAUUGAACGAGAAGUCUGCUCUGCAGCAGCAGCAGCAGCAACAACAACAACAACAACAACAACAACAACAACAAUACCCUACCCCAUCCGUUCCUCCCCCCGCCUAUCCACAAGCCGCGCCGGUGUUGUCCAUCGCUUCGGCACUCUAUGCAUACACUCCAACAGAUGCCGGUGACCUGGCUCUACAGCCACACGAUCGUGUCCAAGUUCUCGAGCACAUGAAUGCGGACUGGUGGCGUGGACGCAACGAACGCACCAACCUCGAAGGUAUCUUCCCUCGCAGCUACGUAAACGUGAUCGAAGAAAAGGGACUGUCGUCGCCUCCUCCGGGUUCCACGAGUUACGGCAACAUGCCUCUUGAGGUGAGCCAGGGGGAUCCAAACGCUCCUGAUGGCAAGCGGCCUGGCAGCAAGUUCGAGGAACAAGGCAAGAAGUUUGGCAAGAAGAUGGGCAAUGCCGCUAUCUUCGGUGCCGGUGCUACUAUCGGUUCCAACAUUGUGAAUAGCAUCUUCUAA